UAAACAAACCGCGCAGCCAGUCAGAACCCCCAGCCGCUAGAGCAGAGCAGAGGGAGCCGGGGAGGCGACAUUCCAUUCCCACCCCGCCGCCGCCCGCCGGUACCGUACCGACCCGGAGCUCGGGCGCGCCGAGGCCAACGGGCAUUUCGCCUGCACGCCGCGGGGCGCGGCCGGGGGUAGCGAGCGAGGCCGUUCCGUACGAGGCGCGGCAGUGCGGGGGUGCCGGCAAGAUGUUCGCGAGCCGGCCGGUGGUGCACCCCAUGGAGGUGGCGGCGCCGGCGCCCGCGAACCCGGCGCAGCAGCAGCCGGCGGGCGUGCUGAUGAAGGACCUGCCCGGGAUGCCGGGGACGCCCAGCGGGCUCGCGCUCCGCGUCACGCAGUUCCUCCUCGCCACCGUCUCGCUCGCCGUCAUGUCGUCCACCAGCGACUUCGCCUCCGUCACCGCCUUCUGCUACCUUAUUGCAGCAGCUAUUUUGCAAUGUGUUUGGAGCCUAUCAGUAGCCAUUGUGGACAUAUACGCACUGCUUGUUAAACGUUGUCUACGAAAUCGUCGGCUUGUUGCUCUUUUUGCCAUUGGAGAUGGGAUCACAUGUGGAGUAAUCUUCUCUGGAGCAUGCGCUGCAGCUGGAAUCACCGUCUUGAUCAACGGGGAUCUGCAGAUGUGCUCGGAGAACCACUGUGCUAGUUUCCAGACUGCAGUAUCGAUGGCAUUCAUGUGUUCGUUUUCUCUCACACCAUCCUUUGUGCUGAACUUUUGGUCGACCGCGUUCGCAUAUUCCCGCGUUGCAGCAGCUGGAUAGUAGAGGAUAGAGCCUGAUUUUGGAGCAGUUCGAGCACCCCAGCUGUGGUUUUAGCGACAACUGGGAUAGAGUGGCCCAGCUAAUAGUAUUAGAACCGGAAGCUGAAGUACCCGCAUGAGGCUAUGGCUUUGAGCUCCGGCAUAUCUAGUUUAACAUGUACAAAGGAAAUAGGGAACCAAUUGCAUUGCUGUGAAACCUUGCAGUUCUACGAGUAUUUAGGCCUCUGUAGAAUGCUUGGAACUGAUAGAGUUUCUGUGUCCUGAAUGACCCCUGAACCAUGUAUACUCCAUAUGGAGAGCUAAUGGUGCUGAGGAAAUCGUCGUGAUUCAUUGCCAAGGUUUUAAGUUCUA